CCCAAAGACAAAGCUAUAAAGAAGUUCGUCAUUCGGAACAUAGUGGAGGCCGCAGCUGUGAGGGACAUUUCUGAAGCGAGUGUCUUCGACGCCUAUGUGCUUCCCAAGCUCUAUGUGAAGCUACAUUACUGUGUGAGUUGUGCUAUUCACAGCAAGGUAGUCAGGAACCGUUCUCGGGAAGCCCGGAAGGACCGAACACCUCCACCCAGAUUUAGACCUGCCGGUGCCGCCCCACGACCUCCCCCAAAGCCCAUGUAAGGAGUUGAGUUCUUGAGGACUGAAGAAUAACCAUCCUUUGGGAAAAAAAUAAAAUGGAAAUUACACUUAA